AAGCCAAAUCCCUCAAAAUACAGUAAUCCUUAGCUGACUUGUGUUCUGGCUAUUAGAGGAAAACUUGGUUCUGUCUUCUUCUUUGACCCCUCAACAACCACGCCAUUGGUUCUUUAUCUUCCAUCAUCUGAGAAUCUCAUAAAUCAAACCUGGGUAUUGGGCACCAUCCUUUGAGACACUCAGAAAUAAAGAAAAGCAAAGCAUCAAUCUUUUACCAUUCCUGUUUCAACGUGAUCGUGAGCCAUCCUGGUUUAAACCCCGGUUUAAAGUAAGGAUCAUCGAGCCAUUCGUGGCAUCCAGUCAUGACUACGGAUACUACUGUUCUAAGUUAUUGGUGGAACUGGAGAUUCUUGACCUGUGCAAUAUUUUUAGUGACGACUAUAGCUCUAGCCGCAAUUCUUAUAUGGAAAUAUGAAGGUUGCAAAAAAUCCAGCAGGGGAAGAAGAGAAAAUCAGCAUGAAUCCGUAGGAUCUCUUUAUGAGGAUGAAGCCUGGAGGACAUCUCUUAAAGUGAUUCAUCCUGCUUGGCUUCUUGCAUACAGAAUAGUUGCUUUCAUUGUGCUUCUGUCUUUGAUAAUCACCAACUUUGCUCUUUCUGGAGUUGGCAUACUUUACUUCUAUACCCAGUGGACAUUUUGUUUGGUCACAAUCUACUUUGGGCUUGGAUCUUCACUCUCCAUUUAUGGAUGCUACAAUUACCACAACAGAGUUGGUGAGGAUGCAGGUGAUCAUGUAAGAGAUGAAGAGCAAGGUACUUAUGUUGCUCCAACACUUGGCGAAGAUGCAGAUACAUCCAACAUGUCUAAAAGCUUUAAUGAUGGAGAGAGUCCCUCUCGCAAAGCUGCAGGUGUAUAUGUUUAUAUCUUUCAAGUCAUUUAUCAGAUGUGUGGAGGUACUGUAGUGCUCACUGAUGUUGUAUUUUGGCUCAUUCUGUAUCCAUUCCUAACAAGCAAAUCUUACAAACUGAACUUUAUGAUGGUCAGUAUGCACUCAGUCAAUGUUGUUUUCCUCCUUGGUGAAACAAUUUUGAAUAGCUUGCGGUUUCCAAUGUUUCGAAUCUCAUAUUUCGUGUUAUGGACGGGAAUAUUCGUUAUAUUCCAAUGGAUCAUCCAUGCUUGUAAAAAUAUGUGGUGGCCUUAUCCAUUUCUUGACUUGUCAUCCUCAUAUGCACCCUUAUGGUAUCUUGGGGUCGGAGUGAUGCACAUCCCAUGCUACGGCGUCUUUGCUUUGAUUAUCAAGAUGAAGCAGUUGUGCUUCUCAAGGUCAUUCCCAGAGUCUUCUCAGGGUGAGAAGUGACAUGCUGUGUUCAUUGGAUCACAACAAUUCAUACUGUGCUACAAACCGGGCACAACCAUUAAAUGUAAAGGUACCAUUAGUGAUAUCAUUUUUUGGCCUAGACAUAGGAAGAUUGUUGGUUCAAGAUUACUAUCGUUAUUAAUUGAAUAACUGUACAUGAUCACUAAUCUUUUUGGAAGAGGCUAUCGCAUCCCCAGUUAUAGACAGGCUAUCGCCCUGUGUUUGUUUGCAUAGAAAUUGUAAUGAAGCUAACUUGAGGCUGAACCUUAUAA